UACAUAAAAAAGAGAAUCAAAAUUGUAAAACUACACUAUAUCUUUCCGUUCUUAAGAACCCACUCUUUAUAAAGCCUUUUGCAUUGUUAUAAAAGCACACAAACUCACACAUAUGAACGUCAGUUGCCCAGCGGGUGACUGAAAAUUAUAAAAAUCUCAAUUUGGAAUAGUAAAUUUCUACUGACAGAGGCAGAGGGUUUCGAAAUUCCCAGUUUCCCGCAGGAUGCAAAGUGGGGCCAGUAGUCACACCGAGGUGACGGAUACCACGCUUGUGGACCGUCAGGCGGCCAUGGAGCAGAUGAAGGAACUGCGAUUCAACGAGAAGAAUCUAAUAAUUUACACUCCACCCGGAACGAAUGAAGAGCUAUCCGCCAGAUUUCUGCACAGCUUCGCCUUUGCCACGUUUAAGCGAAGAUCGCCCGGACUUAUACGCGAUCUGAUCACUUUUCUGCGGGAUCGAGAGCCGGAAAUUAUGAAGGAGUGCGGGGAUUAUGCCCACUUUGAGUUGAAGCGCACCAUUCUGAGUCUGGAACUGCUCCGCGGUGAGAUUAUCAACAACGACGGGUUCGAGAUAUUCCGGGUAAAGGCUCCCGACACCGAGAGUUGGAAUCAGUUUCUAAAAAACCUCAGUGAGGACCGAAGGCAGUGGUUCUCCGCCGUUUGGCUGCACGCCGAGUGCUACAUGUAUCGCCGCAUUUGGUCUAUAUUUCAGCGCUCGGAAACCCUCGCCAACUAUGACUACUUUGGUGAUCAGAAGAUGUCGGCCGCCAGGAAUGUGACGCCUCAGAUGAAGGAUAUCCUGGUGGCCACCAGAGGACUGCCGCGCAGCAAGGAAAACUUUCAGCAUCUGCUUAAACUAUCCACCUGGAGCAAUCGCUAUGACCUGUCCAACACAGAUGCCUGUCCGGAUGCCAGGAUAUUUAAAAGAAUUACCAGAUACGACAAGGAUCUGCUGGCCGAUCAAUCGUCUGAUAUAUGGACGGAUCUCACGGAGGCCUGUGAUCCCGUCUACGUGGACAUUGUGUGUGAUAAUGCGGGUUUUGAGCUCUUUGCGGAUCUUGUGCUGGCCGAGUACAUCAUUGAAUCGGGUUUGGCUAGACGGGUGCGCUUCCAUUUGAAGGCUAUUCCCUGGUUUAUAUCGGACGUAACCCACAAGGACUACCUUUGGCUUUUAAGCUACUUUUGCAAGCAUACAUAUCCCGAAUUUAAGGCUUUUGGUCGCAGGAUACGCGGUUAUAUACGCGAUCGUUCGUUUAUCCUGUGCGAGAAGAGCUAUUUCUGGACUAGCGGCCAUGACUAUAGCCAGAUGAAGCGGUUUCUGCCCUGUCUGUAUGUCUACAUCAGCGAGGCUGCCCUGGUGAUCUUCAAAGGUGACCUCAACUACCGGAAACUACUGGGUGACAUUAACUACGAACCAACGGCUGAGUUUUCCGACUGCCUGCGCGGCUUUCAGCCAACCAGCGUCUGUGCCUUGCGAGUCAUUAAAUCGGAUAUCUACUGUGGCCUGCCCGUCUGCACGGUGGACUGGCUAAGCGAGGACAAUCCCGAGUGGAUGACCACAGGCCAAAAGGCCGUCAUUCAAGUGGCCAUUAAGCAUCGUCUGUCCAGUGACUUUCUAGUUUGAUUUACAAAAAAAUCUUAUUCUUGGAUAACUCAA